AUGCCACAUUUGAAAGUGUUGUGCCUACAUGGAUACAGGCAAAACUCGGGUGUUUUUCGCGAAAAAACAGGCGGAUUAAGAAAAUCGCUAAAAAAGUUCUGUGAAUUUAAAUUUAUGUCUGCCCCAAAUGUUAUCGAAUGCUCCUCGAACGCUUGUGCCUGGUGGUUUUCUAAACCUGCGGAAUUUUUAGCACAAGAAAGUAGUACGUAUGAUGCUGGCUUUCUUGAAUCCCUAUUGGCUGUCAAAAAAUACAUUAAAGAAGAGGGUCCAUUCGAUGGGAUACUUGGUUUCAGCCAAGGUGCAGCAUUCCUACUUCUGCUACAAAUUAUGAUGGAGCAUAAAUUAAGUGAUUUCACAGAUUACGAUGUGGAACCGAUCAAAUUCACAAUAUUGGUUGCACCUUUUAUCAGUCGUUGUUUGCUUCAUCAAGCUAUUUAUGUUCACAAAACAUCGAUACCGAGCUUAGUCAUCUAUGGCGAAACAGAUUCUGUUAUCCCCCGAGAAAUGUCUGAGGAAGUACUGGAUGUAUUCUUAUCUGAACCAAAGGUAUUUGUACAUGACGGUGGUCAUUACAUUCCUACACACGCUGAUGCAAAGAAAAUAUAUACUGAUAUUGUUUCGAAAUUUAUCGAAAAGUAG